AUGCCGCUAGGAGAAGUGAUCAGUGUAUUCUCGGGCCAAUGCGGCGCUCAGGUUUCUCAAGCCGUUUGGGAAUUAAUGGGAGUUGAACAUGGAGUCGGGCCAAAUGGGCUUUUAAUUGACCCCGGCACAGAAACUGCUUAUGAUAGACUAGCUGGUAAUACCAUCUUUAUGAUAGAUAAUAAGGACCGCUAUGUGCCCAGAACCCUUAUUAUGGACUCAGAACCUACCGUAAUUGAUGAAAUUCGCACUGGCCUGUAUCGUACGAUGUUCCAUCCUCAUGGCCUCGUUAGCGGAAUGGAAGAUAUGGCGAAUAAUUUUGCUCGAGGAUAUUACAGUGUUCCGCAAUCUUUCAUUGAUAAUUCCUACAGUUCCAUUAGAAAAGAAGUUGAGCAUACUGAUUCUUUACAAGCUUUCCUUUUCUAUCAUUCCUAUGGAGGUGGAACCGGAGGGGGAACAUCGUGCCGUCUAUUAGAGUUAUUGGAUACAGAAUUUAAUAAAGUACCUAAAGUCGAGCUUGCUGUCUUUCCGGAUCCUCAAAAGGCCUGCUGUGUCGUCGAACCUUAUAAUGCCAUAAUGUGUUGCAGUACACUUAAUGAUAUCAGUACAUUUUCAGUACUUUGUGAAAACGAAGCCCUAACGGAAAUCUGUACUAAGAAAUUGGAUAUUAAUGCACCAACAUUUUCUCACUUUAAUCGGAUUAUUGCUCAAGCUACGGGUGGAUUUACGGCAACUCUCAGGCACGAAGGACCUAUUACAGCGGAUUUGCAUCAAUUGCAAACCAAUCUCGUCCCUUUUCCGAGGUUGAAAUAUCUCCAACUUGGUGUUGCUCCCCUCUGCUCCCUUGAUGCACUGGACCAUGAAAAAUUCUCAAUCCAGGAGUUGACAAUGAGUUGUUUCGAUAAGGGCAAUCAGAUGAACAUGUGCGAUCCGAAAAACGCCAUAAUGAUGGCCUGCGCACUAUUAUAUCGAGGAGAUGUUCCUAUAAAGGAAAUAACUGACAGUAUUAAGUCAUUUAAGAACAACUCAGUAAUGGAUUUGGUUGAUUGGUGUCCCACUGGUUUCAAGGUUGGAGUUGUGGAAAUACCUCCAGCUAAGAUAAGAGCGAGUCAAAUGGGAACCACACGUCGUCAAGUUACUGCCGUUUAUAAUUCAACAAUUGUCGUCGAACCUCUCAAGUCUGUCUUAAACAAGUACACAACACUUUUCAAGAAAAGGGCCUUCGUUCACUGGUUCGUUAAAGAAGGAAUGGAAGAAUCUGAAUUCAACACUUGUGCUGAUGAUGUCAGAGCCAUCGUAAAUGAUUAUAUAUUAAUUGAAAAUUGCAGCAAGGACAAGGACGCAGAUUGCACUGAUUCAGAAGUAUUCUCACGACGAUCUAAAGGCCCCAGUUCGCAAGGUGCAGAUAGUGAUAUUCCUUACAUCGACCAAGAUUCAAACAACGGAAAUAAUUUAAUUGAUGAAAAUUACGUGGAAGUAAAAGAAAAGACUGGGGAAAUAGCAAAUAUGUCAUAUGGAGGAAACGAAGUAAUACAAAACUAG